AUGUCUCUAACGGAGCCUGACGUGGAGAUGGAACGGAAACGAGAACAGGACACCGAAAUGCAGCAGCCGCUGGAACCCAAAGCCGAGAAUGUAUCGGCUUUCAAAGCUUUAGGAUGGCUGGACCGCUUCUUGGCUCUAUGGAUUCUGCUUGCCAUCCUCGUUGGUAUCCUCAUAGGGAACUUCGUCCCCGGAACCGAGACAGCACUACAGAAGGGCAAAUUUGUCGGCGUGUCGGUGCCCAUUGCCAUCGGACUGCUCGUGAUGAUGUACCCUAUCCUUUGCAAAGUCCAGUACGAGACGCUUCACCUCGCGUUGCGUGAAAAGCAACUCUGGAUCCAGAUUGGCUUCAGCAUCAUCAUGAAUUGGAUCGUCGCUCCGUUACUUAUGCUCGCUCUUGCAUGGGCGUUCCUUCCCGAUGAAGAGGGUCUGCGCGAAGGACUAAUACUGGUUGGACUCGCCCGUUGCAUCGCAAUGGUACUCAUCUGGACCGGCAUCGCUGGCGGAGACAACCAGUAUUGUGCAAUCCUGGUAGCCAUCAACUCGAUCCUGCAGAUGGUACUCUACGCACCACUCGCUAUUUUCUUCAUCAACAUCAUCAGUGGGUCCUCGGAAACAAUCUCGGUGUCAUACUCCACCGUCGCGACAAGCGUUGCCGCAUUCCUCGGGAUUCCCUUGGGCGCUGCGAUCCUCACGCGGUACGCAGUUCGCUGGAUGACUGGCCCAGAAUGGUACGAAAACAAAUUCCUGAAAUACAUCGCGCCUUGGUCGCUGAUUGGGCUGCUUUACACUAUCGUGGUCCUCUUCGCCAGCCAAGGCCAUCGCGUGGUACACCAGAUUGUGUCCGUCGUACGCGUCGCAGCACCACUCAUCGUCUACUUUGCGGUCAUCUUCAGCGCGACGCUCCUCGUUACACACAAGCUUGGCUUCGGAUACAAACUCUCUGCGACGCAGAGCUUCACUGCUGCAAGCAACAACUUCGAGCUGGCAAUAGCAGUAGCUGUGGCUACUUAUGGGGCGAACAGUGACCAGGCCCUCGCGGCGACUGUCGGGCCUUUGGUUGAGGUACCGGUGUUGUUAGGCUUGGUGUAUUUUGUGCGGUGGUUUGCAAACAAGCGUGGCUGGAAAUGA